UCCUGCUGCGUCAGAGGGCGCCUGGAGCUGCUGGGCACCAUCCACGUGCGGGGCUGCAUCCACGCCGUGGGGCUCUGGCUCAAGGACAACGUCCCGACCACGCUGGCCAUCGUCUGCUCCCUGCUGCUGCCCCAGCCCCCCGAGCAGCCGGACCAUGCUGGAGGACGAGGAUGGGAUGAGCGAGCGCGGCCUCGGCGGCUCCCGGAGGAGAUUCGAGGAUGAGGAAGACUACCACUCCAUCUACAUCGGGGUGCCGGUGCCGCGCGGCUUCCGCAGGAAGCGGCGCCGCCGGCGCUCGCCGGGCUCCAGCCGCGAGCGCAGCGGCAGCGAGCGCCACUUCGGGCCCCGCGAGCCCUCGGACACCGACGAGGGCCAGGCCUGGCCCGAGAGCGGCAACGACAACGCCAGCAGGACCAUGUCCCCGGCCGCGGAACGGCUCCGGUACAUCCUGGGGGAGGAGGACGAGCCCCCCAACCCCACGCUCUUCACGGAGAUGGACACGCUGCAGCGCGACGGCGACGACAUGGAGUGGAAGGAAUCCGCCAGGUGGAUCAAGUUCGAGGAGAAGGUGGAGGAAGGUGGCGAGAGGUGGAGCAAACCCCACGUGUCCACCCUGUCCCUGCACAGCCUCUUCGAGCUGCGCACGUGCCUGCAGACGGGAACGGUGCUCCUGGACCUGGACGGAUACUCCCUGCCCCAAAUUAUUGACGAUGUCAUCGAGAAGCAGAUCGAGGAGGGGCUGCUGAAGCCCGAGCUGCGGGAGAAGCUCAGCUACGUCCUCCUGCGCAAGCACCGCCACCAGACCAAGAAGCCGAUCCACCGCUCGCUGGCCGACAUCGGCAAGUCCGUGUCCUCGGGCACCGCCCGCAGCCCCGUGCGGGGCCCGGCCGCCGGCGCCGCCUUCCACCGCUCCACCGAGGACCUGCGGCUGCGGCAGAGCGCCAGCUACGGCCGCCUGCGUCACGCCCAGAGCCGGAGCAUGAACGACAUCUCGGACACACCAAGCACUGACCAGCUGAAGAACAAGUUCAUCAAGAAGAUCCCCAAGGACGCCGAGGCCUCCAACGUGCUGGUGGGGGAGGUGGAGUUCCUGGAGAAGCCCUUCGUGGCCUUCGUGCGGCUGCUGCAGGCCACCAUGCUGGGGGGGGUGACCGAGGUGCCCGUCCCCACCAGGUUCCUCUUCAUUCUCCUCGGCCCGGCGGGAAAAGCCAAGUCCUACAACGAGAUCGGCAGGGCCAUCGCCACUCUCAUGGUGGACGAUCUCUUCAGCGACGUUGCCUACAAGGCCCGGGACAGGGAGGACCUGAUCGCCGGCAUCGACGAGUUCCUGGACGAGGUCAUCGUCCUCCCGCCCGGCGAGUGGGACCCCAACAUUCGGAUUGAGCCCCCCAAAAAAGUGCCCUCGGCUGAGAAGAGGAAGUCGGUGUUCUCGCUGAACGAGGUGGGGCAGAUGAACGGCGCGGCCGGCGGGGCGGGCGCCGGGGGCGGCGGCGGCGGCAGCGACGAUGGGGAGAUGCCCGAAGUCCACGAGAUUGGAGAGGAGCUGGCCUGGACUGGCAGGUUUUGUGGUGGCCUCUACCUGGAUAUCAAGAGGAAGCUGCCCUGGUUCCCCAGCGACUUCUACGAGGGUUUCCAUAUCCAGUCCAUCUCCGCCAUCCUCUUCAUCUACCUGGGCUGCAUCACCAACGCCAUCACCUUCGGGGGGCUGCUGGGGGACGCCACCGACAACUACCAGGGGGUCAUGGAGAGCUUCCUGGGCACGGCCAUGGCCGGCUCCAUGUUCUGCCUCUUCGCCGGGCAGCCCCUCAUCAUCCUCAGCAGCACCGGCCCCAUCCUCAUCUUCGAGAAGCUGCUCUUCGACUUCAGCAAAGGCAACGGGAUCGACUACAUGGAGUUCCGCCUGUGGAUCGGGCUGCACUCGGCCCUGCAGUGCCUUAUCCUGGUGGCCACCGACGCCAGCUUCAUCAUAAAGUACAUCACGCGCUUCACCGAGGAGGGCUUCUCCACCCUCAUCAGCUUCAUCUUCAUCUACGACGCCAUCAAGAAGAUGAUCGGGGCCUUCAAGUACUACCCCAUCAAUUCGGACUUCAAGCCCGACUACGUGACCAUGUACAAGUGCGAGUGUGUCGCCCCCGACCCAGCCAACGCGACCUUGUUCGAUGCUUCAGCGCCAGUGGCACCCAACACCACUAACGUGUCUCUGUCCAAUGCUCUCAACCUCACAGCUCUGGACUGGACCCAGCUGAGCAAGAAGGAAUGUCUCAAAUACGGCGGCAGCUUAGUGGGAAAAUCCUGCAAAUUCGUGCCCGACCUGGCCCUCAUGUCCUUCAUCCUCUUCUUUGGCACCUACUCCAUGACCCUGACCCUGAAAAAAUUCAAAUUCAGCCGCUACUUCCCCACCAAGGUCAGGGCUUUCAUUGCUGAUUUUUCCAAUGUCUUCUCCAUCCUGCUCUUCUGUGGAGUGGACGCCUGUUUCGGACUGGACACCCCCAAACUCCACAUCCCCAGUAUCAUCAAGCUCCGUAAGCUCAUUAGCGAUUUCUCCAUCUUUAUGUCCAUACUAAUGUUUGUGGGGCUGGAUGUGCUUUUCGGACUCAACACCCCAAAGCUCCAAGUGCCUACUGACUUCAAGCCCACGCGCGUGGACCGGGGCUGGUUCGUGUUCCCCUUCGGGAAGAACCCGUGGUGGGUGUACCUGGCCAGCGCCCUGCCCGCCCUGCUGGUCACCAUCCUCAUCUUCAUGGACCAGCAGAUCACGGCCGUCAUCGUCAACAGGAAGGAGCACAAGCUGAGGAAGGCAGCCGGGUACCACCUGGACCUCUUCUGGGUGGGCAUCCUGAUGGCCGUGUGCUCCUUCAUGGGGCUGCCCUGGUACGUGGCCGCCACCGUCAUCUCCAUCGCCCACAUCGACAGCCUCAAGAUGGAGACCGAGACCAGCGCCCCGGGGGAGCAGCCCCAGUUCCUGGGGGUCAGGGAGCAGAGGGUCACCGGCAUCAUCGUCUUCGUGCUGACGGGCAUCUCAGUUUUCCUGGCUCCGAUCCUGAAGUACAUCCCCAUGCCGGUGCUCUAUGGGGUCUUCCUCUACAUGGGCGUGGCGUCGCUCAACGGGAUCCAGUUCUGGGAUCGCUGCAAGCUCUUCCUGAUGCCAGCCAAGCACCAGCCCGACUACGUGUUCCUGCGGCACGUCCCGCUGCGCCGCAUCCACCUCUUCACCCUGGUGCAGAUCGUCUGCCUGGCCGUGCUCUGGAUCCUCAAAUCCACCGUGGCCGCCAUCAUCUUCCCCGUCAUGAUCUUGGCCCUGAUCCUGGUGAGGCGGCUCCUGGAUUUCGUCUUCUCCCAGCACGACCUGGCCUGGAUCGACAACAUCAUCCCCGAGAAGGAGAAGAAGAAGGAGGACGACAAGAAGAAGAAGAAGAAAGGCAACAAAGGCGACAGCAGCAGCGACGAGGAGGAAAGAGGGCCUCCACCUGCAGCUCUGCGUUCCGACUCCUCCCCAAACGGCUCGGACAUGGAUCGCAGCAUCACCCUGCACCUGAAGAUCUCGUGCCCGUCGUCUCCCGCCUUUAACUACUCCCGCAGCCCCAUCUGCGCCGUGCCCCAGGUGAAGAUUGAGAUGGAGUCGGACUACGAGGACAGCGACACCGAGAAGGCCCCGCGGGACAUGGGCAGCGAGACCACGCUAUAGCCCCCGCCCGCGGGACCCCUCCUCUAUUUAUACCUGGACAGGCAGAUAGCGCCGCGUUCGUGUACGGAGAGGGAAACGGGGGCGGAACGCGCCCCACGCAGGCGGCCCCGGCGGCUUUUAGGGUCCCACACCCCGGUGCAUUUCAGGGUCCCACACCCCGGUGCAUUUCAGGGUCCUGAACUCUGAUGCAUUUCAGGGUCCUGAACCCCGGUGCAUUUCAGUCCCACACCCCGGUGCAUUUCAGGGUCCUGCACCCCGGUGUAUUUCAGGGUCCUAAACCCCAGUGGAUUUUAGGGUCUUGCGCCCCAGCGGGUUUUAGGGUCGCACGCCCUGGCAGAUUGUAGGGUGGUGUGCUCCAGAAUUCCCUCUCUUCCCACUGGGCAAAGGCAAUGCCGCUGGCGGCGAAACGGGGCCGGAAAGGUGGGAUUGGUGAUUUUGGCACAGGAGAGGUGGAAAUGGUGAUUUUGGCGCAGGAAGGAGGAAGCACCUGGGGUGGGGAGGAGAAGGAAGAAGAACAGAAGGAUGGGGAUGAAGAAGAGGAAGCUCCUGGGAUGAGGAGGAGGAGGCAGGAUGGAGAGGAGCCGGUGCCCGGGAGGGAAGGGAAGGAGGAGCAGCUCAGGGGGAAGGGCUUUGCCACUUGAGGGCAACAACUGUGCAGUGAAUGGGGCCUUGGCUCCUGCAGGGAUCAGGAAUAGUCCCUGAGGGAACUGGGAACGGUUUGUGAAUGGAGUCAGGAAUGUUUCCUGGAGGAGACAGGAGUGGUUUCUGCAGAGAAUUGGGAAUGGUUCCUGAGGGAGUCAGGGAUGGUUCCUGAGGGAGUCAGGGAUGGUUAGUUCAGGGAGUCAGGGAUGGUUCCUGAUGGAAUCCAGGCUGGUCUCCACAGGGAAAUGGGAACAGUGGCUGCAGUGAAGCCCUUUGGUCGCCCACCCCACAUCCCCACCCCUCACCCGUGCCAGGAACAGCCCCACCCCUCCUGCCGCCCUUCCCUCCCCGGAGCAGCCCCUGAUGGGGAAUCCAAGGAUCCUCCCUGGAGGAUCCUCCCUGGAGGAACCCUGGGAUUCCCUCUGGCUCUGCCUCCCAGGGGCUCCGUUCCCACCCCAGCACCAGGAGCAGGGGGAGCAGCCCCUGCCCCCAGUGCUCCCAGUUGCACCCAGCAGCUCCUCCCAGUGCCCAGCAGCGUUUGGGGGUCCCCAGGGGGCUCUUCCCACCUGGGUGGGGAUCCAGGCUCCCUCCAACUCUUCCCAGCCCUGCUGAGGCUUUAAAGGAUUUGGAUUUUUCUCCACCCAGGUCCAGCCCUGGUUUAGGAACGCUGGUCCCAACACCCCAGAAUCGAUUUUUUCUCAUUUUUUCUGGGUGAAUCCUUCAGCUUUUUCCCUCCCAGAGCCCCCAGGCCCUUCCCGUGGGCAGGACCGACCUGACACUGACACCAGCAGCACUGGGGCUCUGCUGGGACACCAGUGACACCAGUGGGACCCCAGUGACGCCAGUGGGACCCCAGUGACACCUUGUACACAGGACACCAGUUCAACACUGGGACACCAGUGACACCAGUGGGACCCCAGUGACACAUUGUACACAGGACACCAGUUCAACACUGGGACACCAGUGACACAUUUUAACUGGGACCCCAGUCAAACACUGUACACAGGACCCC